AUGUGCGAGCUCUCCUUUUACAACGAGAUGAUCUACUGGGGCCUGGAGGGCGCGCACCUGGAGUACUGCUGCCAGCGCCGCCUAGACGACCGCAUGUCCGACACCCACACCUUCCACGCGGCAGACGAGCUGGGCCGCGAGCAGGCUCGCCCUGCCGGGCCCGAGGCGGCUCCCUCCCGGCGCUGGCUGGAGCGCAUGAGGCGGACCUUCGAGGAGCCCACGUCGUCGCUGGCCGCGCAGAUCCUGGCCAGCGUGUCCGUGGUGUUCGUGAUCGUGUCCAUGGUGGUGCUGUGCGCCAGCACGCUGCCCGACUGGCGCGCGGCGGCCGCCGACAAUCGCAGCCUGGAUGACCGGAGCAGGUACUCCGCCGUCCCUGGGAGGGAGCCCUCCGGGAUAAUUGAAGCUAUCUGCAUAGGUUGGUUCACCGCAGAGUGCAUCGUGAGGUUCAUCGUCUCCAAGAACAAGUGUGAGUUUGUCAAGAGACCCCUGAACAUCAUUGACUUACUGGCAAUCACGCCCUAUUACAUCUCUGUGCUCAUGACCGUGUUUACAGGCGAGAACUCGCAACUCCAGAGGGCUGGAGUCACCUUGAGGGUACUCCGGAUGAUGAGGAUCUUCUGGGUGAUUAAGCUUGCCCGGCACUUCAUUGGUCUACAGACACUGGGUUUGACUCUCAAGCGAUGCUACCGGGAGAUGGUUAUGUUACUUGUCUUCAUCUGUGUUGCCAUGGCAAUCUUUAGUGCACUUUCUCAGCUUCUUGAACAUGGGUUGGACCUGGAAACAUCCAACAAGGACUUCGCCAGCAUCCCCGCUGCCUGCUGGUGGGUGAUUAUCUCCAUGACGACAGUUGGCUAUGGAGAUAUGUAUCCUAUCACAGUGCCUGGAAGAAUCCUUGGAGGAGUUUGUGUUGUCAGUGGGAUUGUUCUGUUGGCAUUACCGAUCACUUUCAUCUACCAUAGCUUUGUGCAGUGUUAUCACGAGCUCAAGUUUAGAUCGGCUAGAUAUAGUAGGAGCCUCUCGGCUGAGUUUCUGAAUUAA